GUCCUUCACCCCGGCCCUUCCUCGCGCAGCGGCCGUCCAUCACCCCGUCCGUCGGUGUAUCCCUCAGCCGCCUCCCCAGCCGUCUUCCCAGCCAUCCCGCACCCUCCCGUGCCAUGACAGACUACACUAUUUUUGUCAACGAGGCGGGCGAGCAAUUCUCGACCCUGAACCGCAUCGUCACAGAUGUGCCUGCGCCCAUCACCGUUCCUCCCACGGAGGCCCAGUUCUACUCCAAGAAGGACCCCACCAAGCCCGACAUCGACAUGCUCAAAAACCUGUUUGUCCACGAGGGGCGACUCAGCGAGGAGCAGGCCCUGUUCAUCAUCCACGGCGGUGCCGCUGUUCUGAAACGGGAGCCCACGCUGCUAGAGGUGGAUGCCCCCAUAACGGUCUGCGGCGAUGUCCACGGCCAGUUCUUCGAUUUGAUGAAGCUGUUUGAAGUUGGAGGCAACCCUGCCGAGACCCGCUACCUGUUCCUGGGCGACUAUGUAGAUCGAGGCUACUUCUCGAUAGAGUGCGUGCUCUAUCUGUGGGCUCUGAAGAUGUGGUACCCGGACACCAUCUUCCUUCUGAGAGGCAACCACGAGUGCCGGCAUUUGACGGACUAUUUCACAUUCAAGCUGGAGUGUAAGCACAAGUAUUCCGAGAAGGUCUACGAAGCGUGCCUGGAGGCGUUCUGCUGCCUGCCCUUGGCGGCUGUCAUGAACAAGCAGUUCCUGUGUAUCCACGGCGGCCUCUCACCGGAAUUGAACACUCUCGAUGAUCUCCGCAACCUCAACCGUUUCCGGGAACCUCCGACCCACGGACUCAUGUGCGAUCUCCUCUGGGCUGAUCCGCUCGAGGAUUUCGGUCAGGAGCGAACCAACGAGUUCUUUGUCCACAACAGUGUUCGCGGCUGCUCGUACUUUUUCAGCUAUCACGCCGCCUGCGCCUUCUUGGAGCGCAACAACCUACUGUCGAUCAUUCGUGCCCACGAAGCCCAGGAUGCCGGAUAUCGGAUGUAUCGCAAGACCCGAACCACGGGCUUCCCAUCGGUGAUUACCAUCUUCUCGGCCCCCAACUAUUUGGAUGUCUACAACAACAAGGCUGCUGUGCUCAAGUACGAAAACAACGUCAUGAACAUUCGGCAGUUCAACUGCACGCCUCAUCCCUACUGGCUCCCCAACUUCAUGGAUGUCUUCACGUGGUCGCUUCCCUUUGUGGGCGAGAAAGUCACCGAUAUGCUCUUGUCGAUCCUCAACACCUGCACAAAGGAGGAGCUCGAGGAAGAUACGCCCAGCCCCACUAGUCCCGAAAAGGACGACAUCAGACAGAAGAAGCUGGCCCUCCGAAACAAGAUUCUGGCCAUCGGCAAGAUGGCUGUGGUCUUCCAGGUCCUGCGCCAAGAGCGCGAGAUUAUCACCGAGUUGAAGAGCGUUAUGGGUGUCGAGGCCCUUCCAGCCGGAACGCUCGCUACCGGUGCCGAGGGCAUCAAGAACGCCAUCGCCACGUUCGAGCAGGCCAAGAAGGCCGAUCUCGACAACGAGAAGCUUCCGCCCAUGCGUGACGGCGUCAAGGCUCCUGCUCCUGCUGCUCCGGUCUUUGGAAAUCUGCCGGCGGCUGCGCCUCUCAGCAGGCCCAUCAACGCCCCCAAGAUCACAGGCGUCUAAGGCCAGAGAUGGAGGGAUGGCAGGGUCUCGUGGUUGGGCUCAUCUCCUUCUCGAUCCGGGAGGGAGAGGGCCACCACUCGGAGAUGCCAGCAAGAUAUCCGGGGCAUAUAAGUG